AUGGGACAAAAAAUAAAUCCACUUGGUUUCAGACUUGGUACAACCCAAAGCCAUCAUUCUCUUUGGUUUGCACAACCCAAAAAUUAUUCUGAGAGUCUACAAGAAGAUCAAAGAAUCCGAACGUGUAUUAAGAAUUAUGUACAAAAGAAUACGAAAAUGUCUUCGUUAGUAGAAGGAAUUGCACGUAUCGAGAUUCAAAAACGAAUUGAUCUGAUCCAAGUCAUAAUUUUUAUGGGAUUCCCAAAGUCAUUACUAGAAAAUCGACCGCAAGGAAUCAACGAAUUGCAGACGACUCUACAAAAAGAAUUUAAUUAUUCGAACCGAAAACUUAAUAUUGCCAUCACAAAAAUUGCAAAACCUUAUGGAAACCCUAACAUUCUUGCAGAGUAUAUAGCAGGACAAUUAAAGAAUAGAGUUUCCUUUCGAAAAGCAAUGAAAAAAGCUAUCGAACUAACUGAGCAAGCAAAUAAAAAAGGAAUUCAAAUUCAAAUUGCCGGUCGUAUCGACGGAAAAGAAAUUGCACGUGUGGAAUGGAUUAGAGAGGGCAGAGUCCCCCUACAAACCAUUCAAGCUAAAAUUGAUUAUUGUUCCUAUAGAGUUCGAACUAUCUAUGGUAUAUUAGGCAUCAAAAUUUGGAUAUUUCUAGAUGGGGAAUAA